AUGACGGAGACUCGCAGGCCUUGGCGAGUGCGUCCUCAACCCACCUCACACUUAGGGCUCCUCCAGGAGGAGGGGCUGCAGCUCGGACCCACCAUUAGCACAAUGAUCCUCAGGCUGCUCCUGGCUCUCAACUUCUUCCCAUCAAUUCAAGUAGCAGAAAACAAGAUUUUGGUGAAGCAAUCACCCAUGCUUGUGGUGUACAACAAUGCUGUCAACCUUAGCUGCAAGUAUACCUACAACCUCUUUUCAAAGGAGUUCCGGGCAUCCCUUUAUAAGGGAGCAGAUAGUGCCGUGGAAGUCUGUGUUGUGAAUGGCAACUACUCCCAUCAGCUUCAGUUUCGCUCAAAAACAGGAUUCCACUGUGAUGGGAAAUUGGGCAACGAAACAGUGACAUUCUACCUCUGGAACUUGUUUGUUAACCAAACGGAUAUUUACUUCUGCAAAAUAGAAGUCAUGUAUCCUCCUCCUUACAUAGACAAUGAGAAGAGCAAUGGAACCAUUAUCCAUGUGAAAGAGAAUCAUCAUUGUCCAGCUCACCGAACUCCUGAGUCUUCUAAGCCAUUUUGGGCACUGGUGGUGGUUGUUGGAGUCUUGGCUUUGUAUAGCUUGCUAGUAACAGUGGCUCUUUUUACUUACUGGAUGAAGAGUAAGAGGAACAGGGUCCUUCAGAGCGACUACUUGAACAUGACCCCCCGGAGGCUGGGGCCCACCCGCAGGCACUACCAUCCCUAUGCUCCAUCAAGAGACUUUGCGGCCUACCGCUCCUGACAUGGACCCCUAUCCAGAAGCCAGCCGGCUGACCCCUCUUCACCUGCUCAACAACACUGCUCUGGAUAGGAAAGGACCGCCUCGUCUUCAGCCGGCCACCUCAGGCCCCUGUUGGGCCACAAAUGACAAUUUUUCUUGACCGACUUGACCAAAUGGCAUCACUUUGAGAAGCUGAAAUGAAGUUUAAAAAUAUUACCAUGGCAGACUAAGUCUUGUAGUGUCACGACCAAAAUUCAAACUUGCUCUAUAUUUAUUGACUUGAUUGAGAGGCUAGGGUAGAACAUAAAAAGUGAGUGAAUUCUGUUAGCCUUAAAAUCUGCUUACAGUUUUACUCCUUUCUUACCCCUCUGCACGGGGUGGUCAAGUAAAGUGUGAAAUUGAAGGACUUUUUACUUUAUUUUUCAAUAUGUUUUUAUUGAUCUUAGAGAGAGGAAGUUAUUUUUCAAUAUGUUUUUAUUGAUUUUAGAGAGAGGAAGGGAGAGGGAGAGAGAGAUAAAAACAUCAGUGAUGAGAGAGAAUCACUGAUCGGCUGCCUCCUGCAUACCCCCUAACUGGGGAUUAAGCCCACAAUCUGAGCAUGUGCCCUGACUGGGAAUUGAACUGUAACCUCUGGUUUAUAGGUCGAGGAUCAAUCACCGAGCGACACUGUCUGAGCCUAAAACAUUUUAGAUGGAGAAGAAAGGUUAGAAAAUCAUUCUUUUUGGUUAAAUGGGGGUUUAGGGUGGGGGUAGGUUAGAGUGGGAGGGGAGGAUAGAGAUUUAAACAUUUUUAAAACACAAAAACACUGUCUUUCACUCACGAAAUGAACCACUGAGUUCCUAUUUAAUGUUGUUUUCCUUUUAGUUUAGAACUAUGUAGACAUUAUCUUUGAUGAUUUCUGGUCAUAUUUAGUCAUUUUGACCAAUGGAAUACCUUCAAAGCAAUGCAAGUUAAACUGACUUGCUUUCCUUAUUCCCUGUGAUGGAAAUUCAAUGUAAUUUUUACAAUAUGAUUAAAAAAAAUAAUAAAGUAGUCUUUCCACACCAAGGAAGAAAAUAUUUGGAAAUAAGGCCACUUGAUGUCAAAAUUAUUUAAAUACUAUGAACAUUCCAGUCAACUUCUAUUGGGGCUUCUCUGUUCCAUAUCUUCCAGGUUUGCAUAGCUGGUCUCUGUAUUGUCUGCAUGGAGAUCUGAAGUGGGAUGCUGAAUGCACAUCCAUAGGGACGUGAUGAUACUGUGAAAAGGGGAUGUUAGCUUUCACUGGGGGGUGGGGGAUGAGCCCCAGGAAACCUCUUCUGAAGGAAGGAGAAUGGAAAGAAAUGACUUGAUUCUUGUCAUGUGCUGAGGGACUGGCCGGUGGCAAUUUUCCAGACGAGGGCAGGCAGAAGGAGCCCUCGUGAAAGCCUCUUUACAGGAUCUUCAGUGCUUUAGGGCUCAGAGCUCCAUAACAGUGUGGGUUCAGGGGCCAGUUUACCCUGGAGGUCCAUCGACGCGGAGAAGUAUUUUGGAGGAUGUCUUUUGAGACAGCAUCAAAGUUCUCAAGAUACCCUGUAAGGUCUGACCCUGGAAUGACCAUGGACAUUUUUCUACCUCCAGUUUAGGUCGCCUGGAGUAUGCCUGGGGACAUUAGAGAAUGGCUCUACUGCUGCCUUUAUGGUUGUUCAGUGCUUCAAUUGAUUCAGAUGUUAGAGGAGUCUAGGUUUUAGAGGCAGAGAGACCUGGUUCAAGUCCCAUUGCUAGUUGGCCUCAGGCAUGUUGCUGUCUUUCUAAGACUCUGGUUCUUCAACCAUAAGAUGGAGAUAAUGAUCACAAAUGUCAGUCCCUAUACUGUAAUUUCCUUGAGGACAUGGCCCUAGUUCAGUGAUGGCGAACCUAUGACACGCGUGUCAGAGGUGACACGCGAACUCAUUUUUUUGGUUGACUUUUCUUUGUUAAGUGGCAUUUAAAUACAUAAAAUAAAUAUCAAAAAUGUAAGUCUUUGUUUUACUAUGGUUGCAAAUAUCAAAAAAUUUCUAUAUGUGACACGGCACCAGAGUUAAGUUAGGGAUUUUCAAAAUGCUGACACGCCGAGCUCAAAAGGUUCGCCAUCACUGGCCUAUUUGUCUUUUUCUCUACUUGUUCCUGGCACUUAGUACCACGCCUGGCAUAUAAUUUUAGCCAUUAUUGUUAUUGCCAUAGAGAUAACUUAUGUGUAAAAAUUAAACUGGGCAAUGGCCUAAGAAGGGAGAGAAUAUUAUAACACAAAUUUAAACCCAUUAUCCAGGAAUGAGGUGCUAUAAAAUUUGAGAGCCUCUUAACUCCCACAAUUAUCCUGUUUCAGAUUAUUUUAGCUUGUAAUGAAAAAAAUGUACAGGGUUCCACCUCCCACUUUUAUGUAUAGAAAGAGGCUUCUUUAGUUUUUUUGUGUUGUGGGGAGAGAUAAGAAUAUUAUGAUUGCAGACAGAAAAUAUUGUAUUUUAGUUGAUUUUUAAGUGGACUCCUUUUCCAUUAAUUUAAUUGAUCUAAAGAAGGCCAAACCCAGCAGUAUCUGAGUGACAAAGAACAGUUGAAUUUAAGUUGGCAACUAUCUCCCAUGGCUAGUCUCUUGGCACACAGAAAUCUGUAAUCUAAGUUAUCAGAUUGGAUUUGAAAAUGACAGAGCUGUAGAAUUUGUCAAAAGGGCAAUGGCAAAACAUAAAUAAAUAAAAAAUAAAAAUGGAAAGAUUUGAUCUUUGGCAAUACCCAGUUUUAUUUUCUGAUGGGAAAAACAGGUUUACUAAAGAUGAAUCACACUUUAGAUUUUUCUUACUCACUUUGAACAGAACCAAAGUAGAAGUGUUAACAGGGAAGUCCUUUUUCACUAUUAGUGUGAACCAAGAAAUGGUUGAAAAACAGUGGUUGGAGCCAUGCAUUUACAGUUUCAGAUAUGGUACUCAUGAAGAAAACAAUGUCCUUUGCUGCUUUUAUUCUAAAAGUUUUAUACUUGGUAUUUCUAUAAGUUUUUUUUUAUUGUGAGCUUCCUUAUUUUGGGCUGAGCAUGCCAAAUUAAAGAGGCCAAGUGUACAUUAUGUUCUGUGUAUUCAGUAAUAAAAUUACUGAACUAUCAUGUGCCUGCUUUUUAAUUUGUGCUUUAGUGUUGAUGUUCAGAGCAGAGAUGCUUCACUUUUGGCAACAAAACUAGAGAAAACUUUCUAUGUUUUUAAAAUGUGGGCUAAAACCUUUUCAUAAAUCUUUAAUUUUAGCCUUUUUUUAAAAAAUCCAGACUUUCAAAUAUUUUCACUUCAAGCAAGGUAUACUUCUACCUUGGCUUUAGUUACAGUUUCUCAUCAAAACAAUAGUUUACAUCUCUGUGAUGUGAAUCUCUCUCCUAUAGGUCAAUGAAUACUUUCUGACAGAUUGCUCCUCAAUAGCAGACAUGUUCCCUCUUCAGAGCCUUUACCCAUAUUUUUUUUCCUUCUAGAAUGUUCUUCUCUAGUUAUCUACCUGGCUUGUUCCCCGAUUUCUUUCAGGUCCCUGCUCAGGCAUCACCUUCUAUCCUAGUUAAUUUUCCCCAAACUCUACCUGCUUUCCUUGCUUGUUUUUUCACCCCCACCAUCUCUUACACUGGAUUUUUUACUUAUUUAUUUAUUGUUUGUUUCUCCAAACUAGAAUGCAAAUUCCAUGAGGGAUAGAACUUCGCUUUGUUUGUUGCCAUGUCCCCAGUGCCUGGCAAGCAAUAAGCAUUUAUUGACUGACUGAAUGACUCUCACAUCCCCUAAUGAAUUAAUGGGUAAUCCAAAUGUACCAAUCACACUCUGAGAUGGAGAGAAGUGGUUCUGUUUUCCACUUUCCUAUUAAUAAGUUCAAAGAUGCAUCUGUUUUAGUGAAAUAGGAGGUAAAAUAUAUACAAUUAAACAUGGCAAAAGAAAACUUGAUGGAUAUAAGGUUAAUUCAUAUUUUAGAAAUUUAUGUGCAGUGACUAAAAACAAGACUGUUAGAAUCAUCUUUAAAAGCCACGCUAAAUAAGCCACAGUCAAGAGUUAAGUUGAUUUCCCAUUGAAGUUCCCAAAUCUCCUCUUCAUGGAGUGUUGACAACGUUUUAAACAUGCCUUUCGCCUAAGACUUCUAAAAAUGUUGCCUUUGUAGUUAAAAUCCUGUACUACUACUGAACUGCUGCUCUUUUCUAUGAAGUGAUUUUUGUCUCAACAAAUUCUAUAAAUGCCUUGCCUGGCUGUGAUUCAGAAAGAGCUCAAAGAUGGGAAAGCUGGGGACAGACAAUUUCAGCUGCUUCAUUUGUCAUGCUCAUGUCAUAACGGAACACUCUAAUGGCUUGCAAUAGUUUAAAAAUAAA